AUGCUUAUUCAGCUGUGCCCCUCGACAAACAGGUGCUUUGCCGGAAGUGAGGUGCUUGUACGCGCUGCAUUUGCCUUUGGUGCAACGGGUGCCAAUUCCUGGGGAACCGUCGAGGCCAGAGGCCUGUGCCGCGCCCUGGCCGCCCAGGCAGCCGCCGCCUACCAAAAUGAAACGGCCAUCUUCUGGUUCAACAAAGCCAUUUCGCUGUCUUCAGGUGCCGUGAAAGACGUCUACGCACUCGGUCAGCAACUCAGACAGAACCGCGAACCCAAACGAGCCAUUGCGUUGCUCCACCGCUUUAAGCUUGUCGUCCCCAACGUCGCUUGCCGCCACCUUGCGGCUCUUUGCCACUUUGAUCUUGAGGAGUACCGCGACGCCCUGGACACAAUUGGCAACACUGAGGCCGCCUUCGCUCAGCUUUUGAGCAACGUCCAGGUGGAUGACACAUUUGCACCCAUUGCCAACAUCUCCGUAUCCUUGGCUCUGCUCCGUGCCCGUAUCCAUGAACAACUUGACAACCUUCAGCUGGCCACCGAGUCCUACCUUUGUGCCCUCAAGCACGACAUGACCUGCAUGGAAGCCCUCAACCGGCUGACCAACCACUACAUGCUUACCCUCAGCCAAGAAAAAAAGCUGCUGGCACAGGCCGUUCAGUAUGCCCGCGAAACAGACACACCCGCCGCUCAGUUGAUCUUGACCUUUUACAAACACAAACUCAAUCGCGCCGCAGCUCAGGACCGAAAGGACAAGUCAAUCUCCUUUCCCGAGUUGCUACAGAACAAUCAGGACGUGCGCAUUGAACGUGCCAAGGAUUUGUUUCGAGCUUGUCGCUUUCACGAGUGCUACGAAGAAACCACGGCUAUUUUGGACGAAGACCCCUACGCGGUCGGCUGCUUGCCCACACACAUAGCUUGCCUCGUCGAACUCAAUGACACCAGUGGCCUCUUUUAUCUGGCUCACCAGCUGGUGGACUCGAGUCCCAAAGAUGCGGCCCGCCGCUAUUAUGGCAAGGCCACCAAACUUCAGAACAACUGCGGCGACGCCUGGAUAGGCUUCGGACAUUCAUUUGCACUCGAGGGAGAACACGACCAGGCCAUGGCCGCCUACAGCACGGCUGCCCGCAUCAUGCCGGGCUCACACCUGCCGCUGAUGUACAUUGGCAUGGAAUACAGCGCCACAGAUCACCAUGAGCUCGCAAAAAGCUAUUUUGAACGAGCCAUGACCCGCUACGGUACGGGCAUUCUCAACCUGAAGCUCGGUUUUUUUGAUGUGGCCGUCGAGAAUUUGAGAAACGCCCUCGACCUGGCCAGCGCACAAAACUCGAUGACAACUCGCCAUCGGGUGGCUUCAUUUAAUGCCCUGGGCCGCGCAUACCAUAGCUCGCAAUGGUACGAAGAGGCCAUUGGAUUUUAUGAGCAGGCCUUGGCCUUGGAUGGCCGGAAUGGCGAGGCACAUGCAGGCAUUGGUGCCUGCUAUCAUGAGCAAGAUGACCUGGGUGCGGCCAUCGAGUCCUAUCAUCAGGCUCUGGCUGUGCAGCCUGCCAACGUGUUUGCUCAGGUGCUUCUGGAUCACGCUCUGCUCGAAGAAGCCGACCAGCACCUGCGCGAUAUCGAUGACUGCCUGUUAGACCAGUUUGCGACCAACUCCCUGUCAGGCAUUGCUGGUUUUGAUGAGAGUGACCCCUUGAUAAGCCAUCGUAGCACUGGCCAGCCCCCGCUGCAAGCACACCACCGUGAGCCACAGAUUGAGCCACCGGAGAAUGAGCGUUUUCCGCCGCCAUCCCGCCUACCAUCGAACAAUCUCAGACUGUCGCCCAUCCCGCAAGACUCAGACACCUCUGCCCUCGACGAAUCAGCCAUGGACAUGUCUGAUGCGUGAAAUGUAACAUACGGGCCCCCCGCCCCCCGCUUUUUUUUUUUGGCUUUUGUUGCGAUCCGCGAUCCUCAAACCCCAGAGGAAGUUGCACAGCACCAAGACAAGAAGAUC